UGUCAUGGCGGUGUUUCAAACGGUUGAUAAUCUAUUAGACUGAAAUUAAACAAGUUAACCAUGUGCUAUAUUUUACUUUACUGUCAGUUAGACACGCUAUGUGCAAAGAUAAUGUAUAAUUCCUAUAUAAACUGAAGAAAAGUCGUUAUAGUAAGCGAAGUUGGGAUUAACCGUUAAUGUUACCGUACUUCAAUUCAAAAGCGUUCAUAGCGUGCUAAUGCUAACUCUCACUGGCAUUAGUUAUAUAUCACGAAUUGUUUGCUAGGUUGAAAGAAGUAUGUGGUUGUUUUCGCUGUAAUGACUGCACAGUUGUUGCAGAAUGGUUCCGCGAUUUCUGUAGGACAGCAAAGUCAAAGGAGAGACUGGGUUGUUUUAGAGUCAACACGAAACGGUCACAACCGCUGCGAUUUAACAACUGGGAUGUCACAAAUCAAGCUAUUGUUCAAUGAAGCCAUCCCUGCAAGUGCCAGCAACCGUGCCACCCAUGUACGCCUGCCAGCCCCCAUUGUGAUAGAGAGGCUGCUGCCGCGGUCAGAGGAGCGUGAGAAUGUGGACAGCCCCAGGAGCUCCAUCAGCUUCACAACUCUCUCCGAGGAGAGACUGCGGGCUGCGGUUGAGCUGGCCAAGCGAGAUCUGAGACGAAGGCGCCUUGAGUCAGUGGCAAAAUCCCCUGCCAAACCCUCUCAGGAGGCCUCCCUCUUUGAGACAAGUGAUGUAGAGCUGCUUCAGGAGCUUGCAGCCACCCCAAAUAAGACAAAGUUAAAGGCCUCCAGUCCAAAAGAGAAAGUGGCCCAACCUGGAGCCAAACUGUUGGUGCACACAUCCCAGAGAUGUCCCAUCUCUCCCAUGCCUCGGACUGGCCAGUCGCCCCCAACCAGAGACCCUGGCCCAAAGCCUUUAGAACGAGGCAAACCAACUCCUUUAAGCCAGGAGAUCUGCAAGCUGCAAGAUGAGCUGGAAGUGUAUAUUCAGAAAGUGGAAGAGCUAGCCAAUAGAGGAGAGAAGAUAGAGGAGCCACUGGAGCCUGAAGAGCAAAACAAGUUGGAGAUACGAAGACAGAAGCAGUCAGCCCGCUCAGCACGUAUGAUCUAUGUUCUCCAACAACAGGUAAAAGAGAUACAAGAUGAUAUACAGAAACUACGAAGCCAGAAAAUGUGGGACACCAAAAAGUCCAUGGCUAUAAACAGGCUUGCAGCUGCCCACCGUGGGGCACUCAGGGCCUUACAGGUUGUUAUCCACCAGCUUUCAGAUCUAUCUCAUGGCAAGGUACCCCCUCACUACAAAGAGCUGGGCCAGCUGAUUCGCCAGAUCUCUUUGUGCUCAGCUAAAGUCGAAGUAGAGCAGGGUUCAUCUGUGCCUGAGACGGCCCUCGACAUUCUGCAGAAACUAGAGACUUUGGAUUCUGCCCUCCGUAAACAAGAGACGCUUGAAAAGAUGCGGGCCCAAGCAUGUCCUCCACACAGGAAGUCUCCUCAUCGCAGCGUGUCACCCACUAGUGCACCCAAGGGUCCCAGCACCUCAACUGCUCGAGGUCCUCGCAGACCCGCAAAUCCCAAAAGAGUUGUCCGUGGAGGUAUGAGAAUGGCUUCACAUAAGCCUAAAACUACUUCUCGCCAACCCAUGAACAGAAGAGAGGUGCUCCGGGCUGGCCUGGAGACACUUGCCCAGCAGAGGGAGCUGACAGAGCUGCACGGACGAUCUCAGACAAGCACCACCUGCAGAAAAGGAGGGGCUCUACCCUCUGAGAGAAGCAAGGCUGACGUUAUAAUGAAGCAUAAUCAGAUACAAGAUGCGGGUUUCCAGCAGCCUACAGUCUCCUCUCAGCUCAGAGUGAACCAGCUCCCUCAAAAAGAGCGCUCUGUGCCCUGGAUACCUACAUCCCCUCAUUCUCCUCCUCCACAGCGAUCCCCUCAAAGGAAAAGACCAGAGCCUCGGUGUCUCUUCUCUCCUGUGAAGCCCUCACCCAGCCCUACAAAGCAGAAAGAGGCUGGUGGAUUGGGAGCAGAGUCGACCCUGAGCUCAGAAAAGAAGAAACAAGCUCAGAACGAAGCAUUAAGAAAAGCCUGGCUGGAUAAGAUGACGAUGCAGAGACUAAAAGAGCUCAACCAGCUGAGUAAAGAAGAGGCUGAACGCAUUCAGACAUUAAGGUCACAAGGUGUCUCGCCAACUCGGUGGGCUGAGCAAGCCGAGCAGAAGGCCAGAGAGAGAAUCCAGCUUCUGGAUGAAGCACAGGAGAUUGGUGAGACCAGGAACAGGAUCAGCUCCUCACUGAGGAAUCGGCUGUCUGAGCACGCUGCAGAGAGGGCAGCAGAGAGUGCUGAGCAGCUGAGUGAGGCCUUGCUGGAAGAUCUGUUGGAGGACUGUGCACGGGCGGCGUGGGCGGCUGAGAAACGACAGUUGGAGGGCAUGGCUGAAUGUAGGCUGCAGGCCCCCACCCUGGAGAGUAUGCUGCUUCGUAUGGAGGAGAUACAGAGAGAUCAGGAGGAAGUGAGGAGACGGUUUGCUUCUAUCACAUAUUCAGACCCUCUUGACUGGGACCAACCAGGACCCCAGUGCCAUGCCUCUGGCUCCAGGCCAGCCUCUCCUCAGCCAAUUAGGCUCACAAGGCCAGUGCUAAGGCAGAGCUGUGUAGCUGAUAUUGUCCUAGAGAAACCUGUGGAGACGGGACACAAUAUCAAUUCUGAGAACAGCCUGACAGAGGAGGCAUCCCAAGACGAACAGCAGCCCAGACACAAUGCCGUGUUCCCAGGCCCAGUGGAGCGAAGCAGGGGGACUGUUAUCUCUGUGCCGGGCAGCAUGCUAAGAAAUGUCCGGCGCUACCGGGAAGACUACGAGGCCUACCUGCGUGUUGUGGCUCACGAGGCUGUCGGCAGCUUCAACCCCUGGGCCAUCGCAGACAGCCUGGCAGAAGAGUUGCUGUCGGAGGCCCUGGCUGAUGUGGCAGCAGAGUUUCAGGACGUCGUGGAGGAAUAUGCCGAGGCCGUCUUCACCUCUGAGUUUCUUCAGCCAAUCCAGUCACCUCCUGCUUCAGCUGCGGCUUUGGUCAGCCAGUAGGAUGGUACAGCAUCAUGGAUGUAGCAGUUUCUUACAAAUUGUUAUUAAAUAUCAUGGGUCAAAGAUCAUUUUGUCGACCAAGGACUACGAUUAUUUUAUUUAUUUUUCUGUAGUUUCACAGGCGGAUAUUUCAUUUUGGAAUGAAGCAUAUGUACUUAUUUUAUUAAUGUACAAAUUUGUACAUACAGUGUUUAUAGAACUCUAAUUUGUUCUGAUAACUUUAUUUAAUUGGAAUUGUAGAUAUUUUUUAAUGAAGCUGCAGCAGAUUAUAUUGUUGAAUUGCAGAGGGAGCAUUAGUCACAUCAGUUUUCAUGUCCCAUCUGUAUCUGCCUGCUACUUCUGGGAAAAUUAGUUUAGUUUAGAUAAGCUUGAAGAGACCUUUACAACAUUACAGAGGAGUAUAAAAUUACAGCCUUGCACUUGGUUUAAAUCUCUCCGCAUUACUCACACUUUCUAUUUUCAUUUUGGCAUAUGGAAAUAAAUGAAUUACAUUAGACCUCCACCCAAAUGAUGUACAAAGCCAAGGACAUCAUGUGUUUAAUUUUUUGUAAGUUGAUUUUCUCUUAUGCUGUACUGUCUAAAUAAAGGGAAGUCUUUGUUUUAGAGUUUUAAAUUGA